CCAUGUUUCGCGUUAUGGUCAGCCAUGCCAAGAAGCACCCCAGCUUGAUCCCUCUGUUUUUGAUCAUUGGCUCUGGAGGCGUUGGUGCAGCCCUGUAUCUCAUGCAUUUGGCAAUGUUCAACACUGAUGUCUCCUGGGACAAGAAAAAUAAUCCAGAACCUUGGAACAAACUGUCUCCCAGUGACCAGUACAAGUUCUACUCGGUUAAUAUAGACUAUAGUAGACUGAAAAAGGACUGUCCUGACUUCACACUCAUCUCCAUAAGCUGCACAGAAAGGUCUUCUGGAAGCAGUCCGCACAAUUGUUAUGCUUAA